AACGGAUCAUGAUGCUGCCGGCUUGCACGAACCUUCAUUUCUGACUCGACUUCACUUGUUAUCACCAACUCCGGUGCCACAGCGACUCUUCCUGCUCUAGCCAUCGGCGAUCGCUCCGGGCCCUGUCCUGAGUCUACGAAGAGUUGACAGGAUUGAUCCGAGGAGUGUCAUUGUUUUACCGACAACUUGGAGGAUCUGCCGUCCGGUUGGACUACGUACGACAACAUGUCUAGCUCCGACGAAGGCGAGAUCAGGGAAAACGGAGUUGAGGUUUCCAAGGCAACUUCACUGCCUCAGACUAAAAGAAACGGUGUUGACCGUCAGGACAGAAGCCAAACCAGCAACACCCGCUCUCCCGACCAAGGCGACUUUCGUUCUCGACAACCCCGCUCACCCCGUGGCUAUAAGCGAUCCCGCGACGAUGACCGCGAUACACACCACAGGGGGGCGAGAGGCGGUUCCGAUCCGCGACACUUCAGAGUCCAUUACGAAGACGGCCCACCACCCCAGAGCCGACAUGCGUACGAGGAUCUAGACCGUCCAGCUUCUCGCGGCCGCUAUGAGAGCACAGAUCGUCCCUCCGGCCACCGCCAAUUCGAAUCAAGAGAUCGCCCUUCCGGCGCUUCUCGAUACGAGAAACGCGACCGUGAUUAUGGGCGGGCGGACAAGCGACCCCGCACCCGGAGUCCAUCUCCCUACCGGCACAAUCGUGGAGAUGGGAGGGACAGACACCAAAGAGGCAAAUGGGAUGCUGAUGGCCCUGGCCGGAAUCGUUCAGGCGAGCAGAUUGAAAAAACCAGAAACGGUGCCCAAACUGCUAAGCAAGUACGGGAUGACACCGCAUCCAAGCGGUCCCCUGAGGCUGGAGCCAAAUUUGUUUCCAAAGAAGUUGCUAAAUCUGAUCAAGGUGCUACGGAUGAGCGCAUGGCUGAGGGUACCUCGCAUCUGCACAUAACUGAUUCUCCGGGUGCUUCCAAGGAGUCGAAGACAGAACCAGACCAAGACUGGGAUGCACCAACUCCUCUCGACGAAGAAGCCGAGAUCGAGCGGCGAAGACGUCGCCGGGAAGCGCUCCUAAGAAAGUCUCGCGCCUCGACCCCCUUGCUUGUCCAGGCUGUACAGGCUAACAAACAUGACCACACUGUUGAGACUCCGUCAGAGGCGGCAACGCCACAGAAAACGCCUAGGACACCUGCUUCCGGCGCGGCUUCUCCUGCCGGACGCGCUCAGGAAAGCAUGUCACCAGAGGCUCUUGCCGUCGCAAAUGACCGGGAACUCAUCAACACUCAUGGGGACAUCAAGACUACUGAUGAAGAUGGUCCAUCGGCAGCAGACUACGACCCAACCGUCGACAUGUGGGAGGAUGAGCGUCGAGAUGAAAUGCGCAAUGGAAAUGCUGGUCUGCACGCCGGGUCGGGGGAUACGCCAGGCAAGGAUGAACCAAUGCAGACGACGGAACCUGACAACGAAGAUGACGAUGACUUUGACAUGUUUGCAGAGGACUUCGAUGAGGAAAAGCUCGCUGCGCCGAAGUCUGCGCCCAAAGCCAAGGCACCCACCGAAGACCCCAUAGCCUUGCAGGGAGGCAAAGGCGGUGCCAUACUGGAGGAUGACGACAAAGAUGGCUAUUACAAGAUACGUCCAAGCGAGAUUCUCAACGGUCGCUAUCAGGUCCAGUCAAGUCUUGGGAAGGGCAUGUUCUCAGGCGUCGCCAGGGCCGUCGACAUCACCACCAAGAAGCUGAUCGCCAUCAAGAUUAUGAGGAACAACGAUGCGCUGAAGAAGGGUGGCUUCACCGAGAUUGCGAUCCUUCAGAAGCUUAACUCGGCCGAUCCAGAGGACAGGAAGCACAUUGUUAAGUUCGAGCGCUCAUUCGAGCACAAGGGCCAUCUCUGCAUGGCCUUCGAGAACCUCAGUCUGAACUUGAGGGAGGUUUUGAAAAAGUUUGGGAACAAUGUCGGCAUCAACCUCCACGCCACGAAGGCGUACGCCUAUCAGAUCUUUUUGGCGCUGGCACAUAUGCGGAAAUGCAGCAUCAUUCACGCGGAUCUGAAACCUGACAACAUUUUGGUCAAUGAGCAACGCAACAUCCUUAAAAUCUGCGACUUGGGCACGGCCAUCGAUCGAACUGACGCAGCGACCGCGCACGACGAGAUCACACCUUACCUCGUCAGUAGAUUCUACCGGGCUCCUGAGAUUAUUCUUGGAAUGCCCAAUGACUACCCCAUCGACAUGUGGUCCAUCGGCUGUACACUGUACGAACUCUACACAGGCAAGAUUCUAUUUACGGGUGACAGCAACAACCAGAUGCUCCGUGCCAUCAUCGAGAUUAGGGGCAAAAUGAGUACCAAGCUCUAUCGCCGAGGCCGGAUCUGGCAACACCAUUUUGAUGAGCAGGGUAACUUUGUCAGUCAGGAGAGGGACAAGGUCUUAGGAAAGACCAAUAUCAGAAUCCUGAGUGUGGUGAAGCCCACACGCGACCUCCGCACACGCCUCAUGGCCGCAUCGAGCGGCAUGGAUGAGUUGGAGACCAAGCAACUCAAUCUAUUUCACGAUUUAUUGGACCGCUGCCUCGCUCUCAACCCCGACAAGAGGAUCACGCCUGCGGAGGCGCUAAAGCAUCCCUUCUUCCACGACAAGAUCGCGACGACGACCCAACGCCGAUGAAUCCCUCGGAUUUGACAUGGUCGGUUCAGGUACUGUUGAGUAGCCAAUUAGGGACCUCGAGCUGGCCUGCUGUGAGUGACAGAUAGACGCGGGUUGGCACUACCUUCUGCUAUGUACUCCUUCCUGCCGAGUCCACGGUCGUCGGUGUUUGGCCAUCCCCAAGUUCCUUUUUUUUGGCAGCCGGGACUAGAUUUCCAAAGUUUCACAUUAGAUCGAAGAACACGAAACAGGCAAACAAAAUUAGAUGCGGUCAGCAAUUUGCGACACCAAGUGCGGCUUGUUAGUUUAGAGCAUUGGUUUUCCCCGCUGGGGGCUAUGGCAACCUGGGAAUAAAGAUAUAUGCGGCCAGUGAUCUUAUACACCGGGUAUCUCGAUCAAUAGGAUGAUCAGAGUCCCACAAUUCCUAAAGGUGGCCGCAGUUCGGAGUCUUCGGGGCUCCACCACCCAGACGGCCUCUGGCUCUCAAACUCCAGAUACAGAUGGUGAAUGUCGAUGCAUAUCUGGCAUGGGUAAACAGACUCAGCGCGGUGUACAACCUCCGCCAGGUCUACCUCGGCCUUUUGACGUGGGAGACCGUUGACAAUUUUGCUACCCGCACGCCUCCUUCCUUUGCCGCAAGGUACCAACCUAUUCUAGGAAUUUGUCCCUGCCAUCCUAUUGCUUGCCACUUGGCAUUCAACAGGGAUAACUGUCGCCGGCCAUCCUCCCGCCGCACAAAUCCAGAGCCACCGGUGGGGCCAAACAUUGUCGCGUCGCCACUGGGGCGGCACCGAGAGCAAGCGUCAGAUCAAUAUCGACCCCAGGCUUGCGUAAGGUAAGCAAGGGGACAGGACGCAGCGUCUACUGCAUGCGGGUAUUCUCGUCCGCCACUUCCACGGCAUGCUGGGUGCCGGGCACGCACAUACACACAUGCAAAUGCCGUGAGACCUUGGUGCUGCUGUUCGUCCACUGCAGCCGCCCGAAACAUAACGAGGCUGACUGGGGUCGUGCGACGACCGGGCGGGAAACCUUCUCCCUUGAGGGGAGAAGGUGCUCGAUCUGUGCCCAGGUGGUGAUAUCCAUGGCUGGCGGGAAGAGGAAUCUCAGACGCAGUGAGCAGGAUAGCGCCGCUUGAUGCCGUUGAGAUGCAGUGACACCGCGACCCUGUCAGAAUGGCUGUACGUACGUCUCGACUGUCGACUCACAAUCCCCAGAAUUUCUGGCCCAUGUACAGGCCUACCUUGAAUGUAGAAGUGAGGAUGAGUACCACCAGGGCAGACAGACAUCUUGUCAGCUUCAGAAGGGUACCCCGGGCCUGCAGGUCCGACAGGUCACGAGACAGUUGAGGGCACGCGUCCAUAUCGAGGC